AUGAGGAGAUUCUGGGGUUUCCAACUGCGGGAAAAGAGGGAACAAGUGGCGAAGGAAGAGAUCCUGCCUUGCGCUUACGACCCAUGCUUUUCUGCAGUGGAGACACGAAGUUGUGUGGUCACAAGCAAGAGAGACGGUGCAACGAGGGGGUUCGCGGCUUGGACCAACGAGGGCUGCACGAGAAUUCACAACUGCGGGCCCCCCUCACCUCAAGCUACCUGCUGCUGCUGGGGUAGGUGCAGAGCAGAAGCAAUCCCGUGCUCCCGCAUCGGCGGGUUCGGUGCACAGAUGGAGGAGGGGGGCGCGCCGCGAGUAGCCGCGGUAACGGGGACAACACUGGAAGAAAAGACGAACGCCCGGGACGACAUGAGGCAGGCGGCGGAAACCCACUCGCCCUUGCACGACCCAAACCGGGGGCUGCUGCCACAGCGGGACAACGACGAGGAGGCGGCAGCGGCCGGGAGGGAGCGGGGACACUCGAACUCGGACACCGACAGCUCGGCGGUGGAUAGCGAUGAAGAAGAGCGACAAGGGGAGUACAAGUUCGACCCGGUGACGGAGUACAUGAUCAAGCACGGCCGCAAGAACGGCCAGUUGGACGUGGCCUGGGAUUUCUACGCCAAGUACACCAUGCCCAAGUUUGCCCUAGCCGAGGAUGGCAGCGGGAGGGAGUACCGCCUCCAGGAGCCGGGAGAGGAAGGGGGGCAGUUCUACGGCCUAUGGAGUACCCCUCUCAGCCAGCUCGGAGACUUCGGUGUGGGGGUCGGUCUGUACUUCCAGACGAUCGUGGUGUGGGGAGUGGUCUUCCUCCUGGCUGGGCUGGCGAAUCUCGACACCAUCAAGUACUUCCGCGAAGGCGGCUACUCCAACGGGCAGGGGCUGGUGGACGAGGAAGUCUCGAAGGGUUCCGCCGCCUGCACGGAGCGCGCGGUUGUCUGCCUUGACACGGAGUGCGACACGUGGUCCCAGGACCACCGCCCGUGCUUGCUCGACCUCGAGGUCGGCUUGUCGGACUUCUUAACCACGGUCGGGCUCUUCAUCGUGCUGCUUUGUGUGGGAAAACUCCAGAACAUGUGGGCUAAGAAGCUCGACCUGGCGGAGCAAACUGCGGGGGAUUACUCGAUCUUGGUAGAAGAUCCCAACCCCCAUGACACUCGUCCCGGAACGUGGAGAAAAUUCUUCCAGAGCCACUUCGGCCAUGUGACGUACGUGACUACCGCGGUGCAGUCCGGCAAGCUUAUCGCCCUCCUCAGGAAGCGCUUCGGCAUCAUCGAGAGGAUUCGUGUGGAGGCGGAAGGGGGUCAAGAGGAAGAGGACAUCGCCAAGGACCCGCUGGCGGUGAUGUCUAGGGACCGAUGGCCCGCGCCGUGCUGGAAGCGGGUCUUGAUGAAGUUCGGCAUGUGCACGGACGUGGUCUACUGGCACGAGAAGCUUGUGGCCCUCCACAAGAAGAUCGUCGAGGAGAUCGGCCACAAGCCAUGUAAGAAGGUUUUCGUCACCUUCGAGAAGGAGGCCAGCCAGAGGCAAUGUCUCAAGGAGAUGACCACCGGGUUCCUCUUGUCCGCGGCGGAUAAGCAGCUUUCGCGCUCCAAGAAAGAUCUGGUGCUCGACGGAAACGUGCUGAGCGUUGGACCCGCCCCGGAACCCGACGACAUUAUCUGGGAAAACCUCGAGUUCGGCUUUUGGAGGAGGCUGUUCGAGUUUAUCCGAGGAGGCGUGCUCGGAGCGGGGAUCGUCUGCCUCGUGGCGCUGAUCAUCUACCUUCUGGCCGAGAGCGAGGCGACCGUGGCCGCCGCCUUCAUCGCCAUCAACAACGCCGUGCUGCCCAAGGUGAUGAUGGCCAUCAUGAAGAAGCCCGGCGGGGGCGAGCACCACCACACGCACUCCACCUACGAGGCGUCCCUGAUGCUCAAGAUCGUGCUGGCCCAGUGGAUGAAUACGGCCUUCAUCAUCUACUUCAUCAACAGCAUCUCCGAGGCACCCAACGAGGAUUACAUCAACCAGAUUUCCAAGAUUUUGUGGGCAGACGCCUUCACCCAGCCCUUGGUCAAAGUGCUGGACCUACCCAACAGGUUCAAGCAGUACGUCCUCGCUCCGAUGGCGAAGACCCAGGCGAAGAUGAACUCGUACUUCAUGGGCUCGCACGUGGUGCUGGCAGAGCGCUACGCCAGCCUCCUCAAGACCAUGUUCGUUUGUCUCUUCUACUCGGCAAUCUUCCCGCAAGGCUACUUCGUGGCCUCCAUGGCAAUGUUCAUGACUUACUGGUCGAGCAAGUAUUGCCUCUUCUACCGGUGGAAGAGAUCACCCCCUAUGAACGACUCGCUGGCGGUGUCUACGCGGCGCUACCUGGCCAUCGCCUUGGUUAUCCACGUCAUGGUGUCGCUACAGUUCUAUGCGGGGUGGCCGUUCGACGGCCUCUGCCCCACGGACGAGGUGGUGCAGGUCAACUUCUGGGACGAAGCAAACGUAAACUUCACGAUCGACGGCAUGUUCAACGUUUCCACUGUUUUGCCGUCAGUAGGUGACAUGGUGUACGAGACGUGUGACCAGGACUCUUCGCUCGUUUGGGGCGAGGGCCCGCAAGAAUGGAUGCCGGACGAUCAACUCAUUAUCGUCUUCAUAUUCAAUUUGUUCGGAUAUGUUUGCACCGCGGCGGUGGCGAUUAUUUUGUUUGGAAAGACUGUUUUGGCCAGCCUCCGCCGUCUCUGCAAGGGAGUGUACAAGCCUGUGGGGCGGCAUGCCAAGCCGGUUGGCUUCACGGAAGUCCAGCAGAUUAACGCCUAUGUACCGGGGGUCCCGUACAAGAAGAGCGUGCACCCCAUCCUGGCGUGCGAUAUCGGGAACGUCGACGAACACCACAUCAGCUGGACUGGAGACUACCAAGCCUACAACCUCUGCACCCCGGAAGCCUUCCCGGGAAUCAGCAGAAAGAUAAGGGCCAACCAGUUCGGCCGAGUGGUGUUCUACCCGCCCAAUGCGGAGGAAGCCAAAGGGCUGCCCACGCCGACACGCAUGCGAGGCAUCCCCCUGGAGAUGGAAACAAAGAUAGGAAUGGAGAACAAAAAAAAAAAAAGAUUCCUACCGCCGUGACGAAAUGGGCGUGGUAAAAGGAAGAUGGUGAAGAUCGGAACCCAACGAACGGAAUCGGAGGCUGGUUUUGUUGCUGCCUGCUUGGAGUACGGUCGGUCGGUCUAUCUGAUCUGAUCUGUACAAUCUGCUGGCGAGAGAGAGGCCCCCCCUCCCCCCCUCUCGUAAAUGCAAUUGUCACCGCGGAUUACUCUGUGCGAAUCACAGUUCGGGUCGUGGCUCUUGUGGGUAGAUGCCAGAGUGCAAGAUGAGUUAUCAUGUGUGCGCACGAUGUUCAUGGCUCUAUUGAUGCAGUUUAGGUGUUUUUGGGCCAUAGACCGCACAGCGAAAUGUUGAUGGUACAUUAUUGUGUAGAUAACUUGUGCUGCUUCUGGCCCUGUCUGUCUCUCGUUUUUUAGUCUGUUGCCGUUCGUUCGAGGGGGUUCGUGGCGUGUGCUCGAUGUUUGGGUUAUAGGUUCGACUUAGCUGAUGGUGUAGCCUAUUGGUUGUUCGUAUUGACGGUUACUUGUUCGGCCUUGUGAAGCGUCAAUUACUGCCGGAAGGCACGGCGAAGAGGGUGUGCCUGUAUGUUCCGCCCCCUUUCUCCCCCGCUCGAGGAUCUCGUUUCAUCGCACGAUAUCACGACCGUUGAAAAGCAAUGACCAAUGAAAUCAAUGCCAUGACACACGGGGCAACAGCACGGGCAAAAUAGACGUCCUUGCGAGCGUCACGAACAGAGAAGAGACCAGCCUAGCGGGCCGUUGCCGUACAAUUUGACUGGGGCACGAGGCGGCGUCUGUUGUACCCGGAGAAAGUUCUCCGACACGAGGAAGGGCUUUCGGUUUACGAUUUCCUUUCGGUACUGCGCUCUGCACAUCACCCCCAACGGAUCGGGUGCAGAAACGGCUGAUUAAUUAUGAAAAGUUGUACGUUGUUUCAUUUACGUUUUUAGGGGCAGGGGGAGAUAUGUCUCUACGUCCAUUGGUCCUUGGUGGAAUAAUCAAGGAGGAAAAUUGGAAAUUUAGGCGUGGAAAAAGGUAGAUUUAGCUGUUGUUGAUGGCGGGGUGGUACCCUUAUCCCUCUCUCUAGUGUUUUGUAUGAUGGUUUCGAGGAAGAGACGGUCUUCCGGUCCUUUUUGAUUCACAAAGGCUUCAGCCUGCGGAGUCGUUGCGUUGGCAUUUGUGAGGUAGCUUUGGAUUAGCGGUCCAUCGCUAGCCAAACGGUGCUUGAUGGUAGUCACGCAGUGUCGUCUUUAUUGUUUUUAGAGCUCGCAGUUUUCAUUU